AUGGAAAAACAAAGAAGUCGAAUGAAAAAAUACUUUGAUGCCAAAAGAAAGCCGGCUCAUAAAUAUAAAACACAUGAUCUUGUGCUAUGGUCUGGGGCAACUAAAAGUGAUAAAGAUAUAAGCAGAUAUGAAAUUACGGCUUUAAAAGGUCUUAAAGGUUACAGAAAAUAUAAAGCAGUAGUUGCAGCUGAACAGUUAAGACCAUACGUGAAAGGUAUUAGUGAUUCGGACGAAAGUGAUUCAGAAGUUAACAGUACUGAUGAAUUAAUAGACCUGUUAGAAGGUUGA